GAAGCACUAACCCAAACACUGCGUUGUUGUUAUGUUGUUGUUGUUGGGUUGCUGUGGCGCUGGGCGGUGUCCAGGUCAGAGCCGAGGAUUCGCCUUCGUCGAGUUUAAUCUCAUACAGGAGGCCACGCGCUGGAUGGAGACCAACCAGGGAACGCUCUUGAUUCUGGGACAGAGGGUGUCCAUGCACUACAGCGACCCCAAGCCGCGUGCCAACGAGGACUGGCUCUGCAACAAGUGUGGGGUGCAAAACUUUAAACGGAGAGAGAAGUGCUUCAAGUGCAGCGUGCCCAAGUCAGAGGCUGAACUGAAGUUACCACAAGUUCAGAGGGAUUUACCAACUGGUCUUCAGAAGGAGGGAGCACCAGGUUUAUUACCCUUACCGACGUCCUACCACUCAUCUGGUCCAAGUGUCCCCCCAGGGCAGGUGGGACAGCAGGGAGACGCUGCUAAUGACACUCUGAUUCUUAGAAACCUUGGUCCUCAUACCUCAGUGGAAGCCAUCUUGUCGGCACUGGCUCCGUUUGCAACGCUGUCCUCUUCAAAUGUUCGGCUCAUCAAGGACAAGCAUACACAGCUCAACAGAGGCUUCGCCUUUCUGCAGCUCUCCACCAUAGUGGAGGCGUCUCAGCUGCUCCAGAUCCUACAGGCUCUGCACCCACCACUGUCAGUAGAUGGGAAAGCUGUUGUGGUGGAGUUCGCCAAAGGCUCCAAACGAGACGUGUUUGUGAUGGAUGGGAGCAGAGUGAGUGCUGCUACGGUGGCCAGCACAGCCAUAGCUGCAGCUCAGUGGGCCGUCACACAAAACACUCCAAAUGGAGGUGUUGAUGCAACUGUGUACCAGCAGGGGGCAGCGGUAACUUGCAGUCAGGAGGGGCUGAAGUACUCUGGACCAGACGGGCCCAGGGCGCAGACAGACUCCAGGGUUGCUGCUUUGCCAAACACAGUAACGUCCCUGAAUGGGGCGUUCACAGGAGGGACACCAGCUGUUUCCUUAGAGACAGUAAAAUGUGGUUCAGCAGCUUUGCUACAGCCUCUCAUUCACACUCAGGCUGCUCUUAUCACCACAGCUGCCACUGCAACAGCCACACAGGUUGAGAUUGUGGGAAAACCUCAGCCAGCUGCUCCCAGUCAACCUGCUACCCCAGGAACAGAACACGAGCUAAAACAAUAUCCUGUUCCAGAUGUGUCAACGUAUCGGUAUGAUGAAAGCUCGGGCUUUUACUACGACCCCCUCACAGGACUUUAUUAUGAUCCAAAUUCCCAGUAUUACUACAACUCUCACACGCAGCAGUACAUGUACUGGGAUGGAGAGAAGCUCACGUACAUUCCUGCUGGCAGCCAAGCAAGUGCUGAAGAUGCUCCUAUCAAGGAUGCAGCUUCUUCAGACUCUGUGUCUUCCAACACAGGAAAUAAGGAAAAAAAAGACAAGCCGAAGAGUAAAACGGCUCAACAGAUUGCCAAAGAUAUGGAGCGCUGGGCCAAGAGUCUCAACAGACAUAAGGAAAACAUGCGUUCUGUCGCUUCAUCCCCUGCCGUGGGCUUUUCUCCUGGUAACACACGAGCACCCGGCAGCAGUCGUUUAGAUGAUUACAAAGAAUCUGCAAGUGCUGAUGCAGGCUACGCCGUUUUGGAGAAGAAGGGGGCGCUCUCUGAAAGGCCUCCGAGUUUUCUGGACCAGAUUCGACAUAGUGCAGAAUCUCCUCCACCUCAGUCAGGUCUGGUUCCAGCCUACAGUGCAGAAAGCGACAGUGAAGAAGAAGGCGGUGACGGAGAUGAGAAGGAGGGAAGAAUGACAGACUGGGUCAAACUUGCUUGUCUGCUGUGUAGGAGGCAGUUUCCUAGCAAGGAGGCUCUGAUCAGACAUCAGCAGCUUUCUGAGCUACAUAAGCAAAACCUGGAACAAAGAAGAUCUCAGCAAGACGCUCUUGGCAGAGAGAGAUUGGCUGAUGGAGCUGAACCUUCAGAGUCAUUGAAGCGAAAGUUUAGCCCUGUUGAUGGGAUCUCAGGCACUAGUCUUGGUGCGAGGAUGCUGCAGGGAGGCAUGAAAAAAGGGCUUUUGUUGCGCAAUGCACAAGUGGACUGACCUCUGAUCCCAGAAAGGGCCGUGUCCUACAUCCAACUCUACUAUUGACCUCUAUUUUACAAACAAUUUUUAAAAAUCUCAUUUUGGGUAGACAUAAUUACCUUAACAAUGGUAAUACUUGUUGGUAGUAAUCCCAUAAACUCGCUGUGUAGCAGUAAUUGUUGGAAUAUUGCACAAAUUGCACCUUUUUGCUUGCUCUCUGAAUGAUGCUUUUCAUUUCUCGCUUGCUUUGAAGCGUGCAUUUGUGUGUAAUAAACAGAUUUUACGUUUGGGAAAACAUUUGCUGUUGCAAAAUGAAAGAUCAGUUGUCAACAGGUCUUUGUCAGCAAAUAGGAGUUAAUAAAAGGACUGUCUAUGCACCAUAGAUUUUUUUUUUUUUAGGUUAAUGUUUUUUGCCAUGUCAUUCAGUGAAUGACUGAUCUGGGCAUGAACUGUGUAUAUUACAGAAUUGGCACUUUUUUUUACAGAAUUUAAGGUAAAGAGAUUGUGGCCUUUUGGACUGAGGUCACAUUUACUAACAUUGUGUAGAGGAGACGUCUAUCGUGGUAGAUUUAAAUUAACAUUGUAUGAGAUACUUCUAUUUGAAAAAUUAACUUUUUGUCAUUGUGUACUCAUCCACCAAUGUGACUGUUUCAUUGAGCUAAUGUAAAAUAAACACAUUUUCAUCUGU